AAAACCUGUAACUGGAGCUUGAGUCAUCUAUAGACUCAUGCUGGAGUCUUGAAUACAAGAUAAAUUAUACGUACUGUACAAAUCUGUCAAAAUGGCUCUGCAUCAGCAACUGCCAUUUUUCAACCCGAAUAUCCCGUUCACUACUGCGAUCCAGGGAGGAUUGCUGGAAGGAAUGAGUAUUACUCUAUGUGGACGACUUUUGCCAGAUGCGGACAGAUUCAACAUAGACCUCUGUUAUGGGUCUGAUGUUGUUUUGCAUGUUAACCCUCGCUAUGAAGGAGGAACUGGGUACGUCGUGAACAACACCUUCAGCAAAGGUGUCUGGGGUGAGGAAGAACGCAAGUAUGAAACUCCCUUCCCGAGAGGCCAGGUGUUUACUCUGCAGAUCCUUGUCACCCAGGCCUCAUACAAGAUAAGCACCAAUGGGAAACCCUUCUCAGAGUACAAGCACCGUAUUCCAUUCUCAUGGGUGGACAAAGUCGAAGUGGUGGGAAAGGCAGAACUGAGUUUAGUUGCCUUUCAAUAUCCUUCACCCCUUUAUACUGCAGCUCCAGGAUCUUUUAUGGUCCCGUAUAAAAGCAUCAUCUAUGGUGGACUACAACCUGGCAAAGUCAUCAUCAUUCAAGGAGUCAUCAGCCCACAAGCAAAAAGUGUAGUCGUUUGUCUACGGUACAAAUCUGGAAUUGCAUUUGACAUGCAUCUUCAUUUUGAUUUGAAUGUGGUUGUUUAUAAAACUUAUAUAGAUGGAAAGUGGGGUAAUGAGGAACAAUCUGAGCUCACGCUGUUUAAAACAGGGGAACCACUGCAGGUCACCAUUUUCUGCAGUCGUGAUACUUAUGAGGUGUUCGUUAAUGGUGAAAAAACCCACACUUUCAACCAUCACUACAGUUAUCUGGAGCAGAUUGAUGUUUUGGACAUUCGUGGAGAUGUGCACUUGACCUUUGUGCAGCCCUAAUAAGGAAAUUACACAGAUCUAUGAGAAAUACAUGGUCAAAUCCUGCAGUAAUCUAUGUACACUUAUAUGCAAAGAUGUUUGCUUACCCGCACAUUAAUCUGAUACCCAUGUGAUACCCAUUGCUGCUAUUUGUGUAAAUGUUUCUACAAAUACGUGACUGCCUACAUAAAAUAUGCUUGCAAACACAUUUUGUUAGAUUUGCUUGAACAAUUGAACAUUUUUGAGAAACAACAGAGAUAAUAUGUAAUCUAUUUACACUCAUGUGCAGCCCAAAAGGAGAGGACACAUUACACACUCCUAAAAUAAAGGUUGUUUAUUGGCACUGAUGGUUCCAUAAAGAACCUUGAACAUCCAUGGAACCUUUCAAAUGCAGAAAAGGUUCUUUAUAGAUUUUUUAAAUGUUCUUCAAAAUGGUUGAGAACUUUUGACUGAAGGCUUCUUUGGGGAAACAAAAAUGGUUCUUCUAUGGCAUCACUGCAAAAACACCAUUUUGGAAUGUUUAUUUUAAAGAGUGUAUUGGGUACAACAAUACUUUAAUAACAAUUUUGUAAUUUUUGUUUGUGUGAGUAGGUCAUAAGGUGUGUUUACCAUUUUACAGAAAGUAAAGACUUUGAAUUAAUCAUUAAAUAUUUUCAUUCAACAUACAGACAUUUUCAUUUCCAAGAAUUUUGGUCUUCCUAUAUGUACCAGGACUAUGUGGAACAGUUCAUAACUGAAGUCAAUCAAAGUCUAUUUCAUCUAAAUUUAAUGAUUUAAGAGAAAUUAUUCUAAAGCACAAGAUAAAUAAAUAAGUAAAUAAAAAUUAAAACAAAUUAUAUAAAGAAAUCCUUUCUUGCUUGCUUAAGUUUUGUUGUUGUGUUAAUGGGUCAUUCAUCAGUGAACAUAUGCAAACAAAACAGAAAUUAUGU